CUGUUCGAUGUCCAAGGGACAGGUGAAACCCGUCCAGACGAGCACGAGCACACGCGCACUGCCACCUCUCGCAGAUGACGAGGAGGGCGGGGAGGGCGAGAGCAGAGUGGAUGCAUCACGCUAAGGUUGGGGGGGGGAGAGAGACUCAGAGAGUGAGUCCGACCUCGACGUGAUGGAGGCUCGUGGGCCAGGGCAAGCGACGCCGUUUGUGCGCGAGGAGGCGCCGACGGCACCCGGCAACGGGAUUCCGGGGGACGGAGGCAGCGUUCCCCCGUCGCCCUCUUCGGGAAGGGGCAACUUCGGCGGAGGCAGUGACAACCCCACCGACAGCAGCAGCAGCAGCAGCAGCAGCAGCAGCAGCAGCAGCAGCAGCCCGAGCAGCAGCAGCAGUGACGCCGGCGGUGCCGGCGGCCCGGGCGGCGAAGAGUCCGGCGACCCAGGUGGGGACGGCGGUAGCGAUGGUGAUCCCGGCGACUCCGAGAACCUCGAGGAGUUGAAGUAUGAUCCAGCCGACGACCGCUACCCCCGCGGGAUAGAAGGGAAGGAACUCCUCUGGGGCGCCGCGAACGCUGGCCCGCUGCGCCAUGGGCUUGAGAGUGGCCGCACGCGGAAGCAGACCCGGGAGAUGCAAGGUGCCGGGGAGAUGCCGAGGCCCGGAGAAACAACGGACCCGGAAGAGGCAUUGCUGGCGACCAUCCUGGAAACUGGCGGGACGGGGACUGUUGAGGACUACAUUUGCAACUCGCUUGUGAAAGAGCAGUGGGACGAGGAGCAGACACGCCGUACGGAGGAGAUGUACAGGCGCGAGGUGCAGGAGGUGUUGGGCCCGGAACAGCAGGCGUUCGGGGCCGAGGUCGACGCCAGCGGGUCUUCGCAACCACUCCCAGACCCACAGCUAAGUAUGACCUCGCCAAUCGGGCAGAAGCCGAGUGAUGUGGAAGCAGUACCGAUGACGUACAAGGAUGUGAUGUGUUCCAAGUACAAGGUUUUCUGGGAGGCGGCCAUGAAGAAAGAGAUAGAUGGCCACGACAAGACUGGAACCUUUACCAAGGUUAAGGAGCUGCCCGAGGGGCGGAAGGCCAUAGGUUCAAUGUGGGUGUUCUCUUGGAAGACGAAUGAGAAGGUCCUGAUAGUCGACUUCAAGGCCCGUAUGGUUGCGCGGGAUUUCUCUCAAAUCCCCGGCAUCGACUUCCACCAUUCAUCCUCAGCGUUCCCGUCUGCAGCGUCCAUCAAGACGGUGAUUGCCGUAGCCACUGAAAAGGGCAAGAAACUCGCUCACUGGGAUGUGAAGCAAGCGUACAUCCACGCUAAGCUGAAAGACGAAAUAUACCUCAGGUUCCCGGAAGGCUGUGGUAGCAUGUCCGGCAAGGUGGUCAAGGUUGAGCGUGCCCUGUAUGGCCUAAAGCAGAGUGGCCGUGAGUGGGGGUUUGAAGCUGCCGAUGCCCUCAUCGAGAAUGGAUACGAGCAGGGCAGGGUUGACCCGUGUCUUCCGGAAGGUGGUGGAUGGAGAGGUCGUAGGUCUCAUAGUGAUGUACGUUGAUGACAUCUUAGUGGCGGCAGACGAGGGAGAGCGAGAGGAGUUGUUCGCUUCCCUCAACAAGAAGUUUCCGGUGAAAGAUCUGGGGUAGUGUACCUGGUACGACGGGUGUGCUAUCGCCAUCGAUGUAGAAAAUGGCAUCACCA